AUGAGCUGUCCCGCGCCGCUUGGAGAUCACCAACGUUGGCUUCAGAAGAACCUCAAGCACCUCCAUCCACCUUGAAACAGCCGAUCUCUGCACUCCUCCACCACUUUGCCCUUCCCCUCCUGUUACGACCUAGCUUGCUUUACAUCAUGUCCGAGCUCGCCUUUGCCAAAUCCUUCCUGUCCUCGCUGGACGCUCGUCCCAUCAAGAUCCGUUCCGAUCAUGUCUUUGACCCGGAACAAGUUGGUCUGCGUGUACCAUACACCCUCCCCCGCCUGCAAGCCCCGCACCCGGAGAUGCCCAAGAAAACAAAGCAGACACAGGCCCCCGGCGCGUCGAAAUCGGUGAAUAUCAGAGUCAAGUCUGCCCGUAACCCGACCCUCGAGUUCAGCAUUACCAAUGCGCCCAUCACAACUACCUCCGUCCAAGACCUGAAAGAUGCCGUCCGGGAACGUGUCACCGACGCACAAGGAAACCCGGUAGCAUUGGAUAAGAUCAAGAUCCUAUAUCGCCGCAAGCCCGUACCUGGAACUGGGAAGACGGUGGCCGAGGUCUUGUCCGAUGAGCCCGAGAUGCUGACCGGAGGUAAAGAGGUCGAAUUCGGUGUCAUGAUUAUUGGAGGCGCCCAGGUGGUCGAAACGGUCGAGUCCCAGCCAGAGGCCGCCGCAGAACAAGAUGUACCCAAGCCAGCGGUGGGGCCCAGUGGUGCAGAGUUAUUGAAGACGGAUGCUUUCUGGGAUGAUCUUCAGGGAUUCAUGGAGCAGCGGUUGAAGGAUGCUGAUGAGGCGAAGCGCUUAGCAGUGCUCUUCAAGGGUGCUUGGAGCUCCAAUCAAUAGAGGGCCCAAACAGGGCAUGUCUACUCUGACAACGUUGCAAAUACCUAUUUAAUGCUACAUGUAUGGCCUUCAUAAUACCCAUGAAUUGAUGGAACUUCAACGAAGCCAC